GGAGGAGAAGAACUUUCAAAAUGUGAAGAGUUCACCUUCCAGAUGUGUCUCUUCAGAAUUUUCAGUCUCCACAUUGAUCCUGACAUGGGUUUGUGGUGUUGCAGGAGUCACCACAGAAAGAGCUGCCAUAAGGAAGCAAAGCAUCAUUAUUGUUCCUUUCAGUUCUCAGCAUAAAAGGAAGUAACACUUAAUGAAAGCCAUUGGCUGCAAGAUUUCAUAAGAGAGAGAGGCAGAGAGAGAGAAGGAGCAGCAUGCUGUGGGGAAGCAGGUGUGAUUCAUGAAUAAACUGCUCUUUGCCACCCUGUAGGAUACUGAUGAAACAAAUAGAAUUUCCCCAGACAUGGAUAAUACAAGAACAGCAGACACUUUUUCACAGUUAAGCCAGGAAAAAAUCCUCAAAAUUAUGAACAUGGUGAAAAAUAAAGAAGUGAGCAUUGAAGGAGCUCUGCAUCUGGCACAGAAGGAGGUGUAUGCUGAAAAGGAUCCACAGGAUUUGUUAACUGGGUCCCAAUUUAACUUCAUUAUCUACAAAUACAAACACUACCGGUGGCAGAAACGGAUCCUGCAGCUUGAUUUCAACACCAGGACCAUUUUUAACAUCGAGAAGGGGACGAUUAAGAAGCAGUUCCCUUUCUCCCAGGUGAAAGGCUGCGAGGAUUCGGAGAGGAGGCGCUUCAGCCUGCUGUUCCACGGGAGGCAGGACUACGAGCUGGAGGCCGUGUCCCUGGAGGACAAGAGGAAGAUAAUCUACCUGCUGAGCAGAGUUAUACAGAGCAAUUCUUACAAGAGACCAGUGGAGUCCUGGCCCGGGAGAGCUGCAGAAUGUGAUGUGAUCCAUGAAGGGCUGCUGGAUUUGCAGCAGAACACUUUAACCUCCACUGAAUGGGUGAAGUGCCUGGCAGAGCUGCGGGAAGGAGAACUGGCCCUGUACAGCCUCAGUUGCUGCCUGGGCAGCAGGAAUCCUGCAGCCACAAUUGCUCUGGUGGCUGGGAGCGUGGGGGUCAGCAGGGACAGCAGCAGCACCUUCUCCCUGCACACCAGAGACCACCGCUACCUGUUGCGGGUGCCCCUGAGUGUGCAGAACAGCAGGCCAGAGGCUGCUGGCAGGCUGCAGAGGGAGUGGGUGUCCCUGCUGGAGAGGCACUGCCAGCCAGGCAGCGCUGCCCCCCUGCCCCUGCAGGGCUCCCAGGGAUGCAGCUCCCCCGAAGCUGAUUACGAGGAAUUUGUUGUGCCUCCGAACGAGCAGGAAGAGGAGAGUCCCCACUUGGGUGGGAGCUGUGCAAGGAGCAGCCUGGGCAAGCCUCCAGCCCCCCUGGCAGCCCCUGCAGCAGCUCUGCCACCCACCACGGGCAGGGCUGAGGUGCCACCAGCCCCACCUGCCCUCCCACAGCCCUGCAGCCUCCCUCCAGCAGCAAAGAGAACCAAAGCCUUCCACUGGGAUGUCGUUCCUUGUGACAAGAUUCAGAAAUCUCUCUGGGGAUCGUGUGACCCAUGCAAGAGAAAAAUAGAUGUCUGCAGGCUCUGUGAGCAGUUCCAGAUCCAGGACACAGCAGUGCCUUUGGGCAGCGAGCCUCCAGUGAAUCAGCACAUCCUGCUGGACAGAAAAGUGGCACAUAACUUCAACAUUUUCCUUAAGAGUUUCCGUAUAAAACCAAGUGAGCUGAAGGACAAACUCUUCAUCAUCCACGAGGAGAGUGGGGGGCUCACAGACGAGCAGAUUACAGCACUGAGGAGAUAUUUGCCCACACCCAAAGAUGCAGAAAGGUACCUGUCCUUCAGGGGGUCUUGCUCAGAGCUGCACGUGGUUGACCAGUUUAUGUUAGAGAUGUGUAAAAUCCCUCAGCUGGGGCAGAGGCUGGAUCUGCUGCUCAGCGUCCGUGAGCUCCCUGAGAGCAUCAGAGACCUGGAGCCUCUGAUCCUCCAGAAUAUCCAAGCCAGCAAGCAGCUGCAGUCCAGCCCCAAGUUUGCUGCUGUCUUGGAGUACAUUUUAGCCAUGGGGAACCACCUGAAUGAAAAAGCUGGGAAGGAGGUGGCCAAAGGAUUCCGACUGUCAUCUCUGGCCAAACUCUCUCUGCUGAGGGGCAGGGACAGGACAUUCACCCUGCUCCACGCCCUCGCAGAACAGAUCCUCUUACACCAGCCCGAGCUGGCCACGUUUCCUCAGGAGCUGACAGAAUUUGAAGCUCUUCCUGAUGCGUCCAUGAAGGGCCUCAGUGCUGAAGUUGAUGUUUUAAAAAAAGAAUUGGAGAACCUUAUCCAGUGCAGGAGGCUCCUCAAACCCAAAGCAAGCAAGGCAACACCCCAGGAGUCCCAGUUCUGCAAGGAACUAAAGGAUUUAAUUCAGAAAUAUGAAGGGGAUCUCUCCCAGCUGUCAAAAAGAUGUGAGGAAAUGAAGAAGCUUUAUAACAACGUACUGGUGAAGUUUGGGGAGCCAGCAGACCUGGACUCCCAGGAGCUCUUUGGGUGGAUCUCUUCCUUCAUCAGUGAGUUUAGGAAGGCGUGUGCUGAAGUCACACCAUAAAAACACACAUUUUGUGGGAAGGAGGAGGCCAGGAAGAAACAAUUUCUAAUUGUUUUUUUUCUUUAUUGAUAAGCAGCACAUUGCCAAUCUCACCUGUGCAGCAGAACUUUGAUUUUGAGAGACAUUUCAAAUGUGUAAUUUUUAAGUGGUAUUUAACCUGUAAUAUCCCAGAUCACUGAUGAGACUCUCAAUUUUGUGCUUUUGUACCUUGAGAUUCUCAUAUAUUGAAAAAAACCCACUUUUGACCUUUUAUAAUUUCCUUUUCAAUCUUUUCCUUUGGAUACCCCAACUUCUGGCCCAGUUUUAAUUGUUUUCCUUAGUAACUUUCUGUAUGGUGAUCUAAUUUCUAAAGAAAACUUCACACAUUUUAUAAUGAAAUGGGGAGCUGUUACCCACAGAGGAGAAUAUUUAAACAAAGUCUUGUUUAUUUUGCUAUUAAAACAUUGCAAACUUACUAUGUAAUGAAGAAA